CCUCCUCCUCCUCCUCCUCCUCCUCCUCCUAGUCAUCGGACGAGUCAGCCCCAAUCCGACUGGAUUUCGGGCGGAAACGGUCCACCUGGCGCCAUCAUGGAUGACGAUCAUUCCAAUUCACCCAACGUCAUCCGACAACAAAAGCUCGAAAAACAGCGUGCUUUACUGAAAGAGAAACGAAUGAGACACAACCAGCCCUUGAUGGUGCAGCCCAACGAAGAAAGGCAAGGCUCCGGCGGAAAGACGCGCAGAAAAGUACCGGAAGAAGUGCGCCCUCUAGUGUCCCCGACCCAUAGCUCGUCAGCGAGUGAGGGCCUACAAGGUAUCGAUGGGCCGGCUGCAACGUACACACUGAAUAACUCCGGCUCUUUCACAACGGUCCAGGUCCUGACCGUAGAAGAAUCGUCUACUGACCCAGAACCAGUGCCAAAAUCCAAAGGAGCGACAGAAACGGAACGCAAACUAAAAGCCAUGGGCAUCUCCGGCACCGUGCCUUUCGAGGAUCCAGACGACGGCAUACCGACCUCGACCCUCCCCGAAGCGGUCAUAGCCCCUAGCAACAUCGGACCCGCCCCUCCCCCUUACAGCACCGUGCAGACCACGGGUUACGAGGCCCCCGCACAGAACCUCAGCUCAUCAGGGUACACGGCCGGAGGAGGCGGCGGCUUCACAACCCCUACACAGCCAGUACAAGAAAAAAAGCAGAGGCCAGACAGCGGAAACAAUAACCUUGGCGGAGCUGUAGGGGGCGUCCUUGAUGGUCCAGAGUUAGAUCGGUUCGUUUUGGCACCAGCGCCCCAGGGGGGGUCUGUGAGAUGUCGGAUCACCCGCGAUAAGAAGGGCGUAGAUCGCAGCGUGUAUCCAACAUACUACCUACAUAUGGAGAGAGACGACGGGAGAAAGCAAUUUCUGCUCGCAGCCAGGAGGCGUAAGAAGAGUAAAACGUCCAACUAUCUCAUGACGACAGACCCUACAGAUCUCUCCAGGGACGGAGAAAACUUUGUCGGGAAACUAAGAGCCAAUUUCAUGGGCACUCAGUUCACAAUCUUUGAUGGAGGCCUUGCACCGGGUAAGCCUGGCGCGUUACCAGAUGGCGGCAACAUUCGCAAUGAGCUGUCUGUUGUCUACUAUGAUACCAAUGUAUUAGGAUUUAAAGGACCACGUAAGAUGACCGUUAUCAUUCCAGGCAUGAGUCUUGAUCAUCAGAGGGUUGAACAUAAACCUAGGAAUGAACGUGAAUGCAUGUUAGAACGAUUCAAGAGGAAAGACAUGGAGAAUCUUUUAGAGCUGCACAACAAAACUCCUGUCUGGAAUGAUGACACGCAAUCCUAUGUCCUGAAUUUCCACGGCAGAGUCACGCAAGCCUCCGUCAAGAACUUUCAGAUUGUUCACGACAAUGACCUGGACUACAUCAUCAUGCAGUUUGGGCGUGUGGGUGAGGAGGUGUUCACUAUGGAUUACAGCUACCCUCUCUGUGCAGUGCAAGCGUUUGGUAUCACGCUAAGUAGCUUCGACCACAAGCUGGCUUGUGAAUGAACAAUGCCCCUCACCCUCCUUCCCAUUACCCCACCCCGCCUUCAAGACUGUAAAAGUCGACUUUUCUGCACUACCACAAAACCUGGAAACUCUCACCUGCAUCAACUUUCGUGAGGGGCUAACUUCCAAGAAAAUCUCAUACCACUGAUGUAACUAACUGAAUAUCAACUGGCAACACUGCACUUGUUAUGCAAGUCACAAACGUUUCUUGUUGUACAGUAUUCUGUGCCAUGUUUGCAAUCUUGGAUAUUUCACAUUAUGAGAAGAAACUCGACAGUUUUAUGUAACCAUGUCCCAUAUGCCAGUUUAAGAUCUGGCUGUAAGGCUCAAUCCAUAAAAGGAAAUUAGCAGUGCAGAAAUGUCAACAUUAACUUGGCCUUUGCCUUUUUCCCCAUAGAUCCCUUUGAAACGAAGUUAAAUUAUUGUCUUCUUGGAGCCAAAUAAUAUUAUUGUAGACAGAGUUAACACCGUUCUCGUUCUUGGUAGAUAAUUAAUAAGUUCUGAAUUUCUUUAAUCUCACAUCCACAUCGGGCCAAUCAGGAGCUUGUAUCACAGAGCUUAGACGUGAUUGGUCACAUGGAGGUCACAUGAUUAUAGGCAGUUGGUCGUGAUCUUAAAUCUGUUUUAUGAGAUAUUUGUACAAACUUGUUAAUCGAGUAUAUCCUUUUUAAACAUAUAAAAAGCCUGCCGUUCACUUUAGACCAAUGAGUUCAUGUGCCAUUUUUAACUGUGGAAAACUACUGAUGUAAAAAAUGUGUAGUCUUAUUCCUGACUGCUGUGAUUAAUCUUGAGUGACCAAAGGAAUGCCUAUGGUCUGUUUAAAGAUAAUUGUCAAAGUCUUGUACUAAAGUUAUUGUCACCUUAUUCAUUUCUUUCAGUACUACUACGAGUGGAAGAAACAAUUUUGUUUUUGUCCAGCAGUUGUGUUUCUACUGGAGAGUGUACAGAGUUUGUAAAAAGAAAGAAAGAAAAAGAUAAUAUUAUGCCAGAUAUAUAAUCUUAGAGUACUUACAAGAGAGACGAACUACGUGAAUUGGAAAAAGAAGGAUAUAGUUUUAACGUGUGUGUGUGUGUCGAUGUUGUUUAUAUUGUAUCAACAAAUUUCUAUUUUGAAACUUGUACAAACUGAUAGCAUAACUGAUUUUUAUGGAAACACUGCUAGAAUGAAAAAAGAGAAGGUUUUUGUGACAUUUUUUUUAGAAAAUCUUUGUAGAUCGUAGAGAUUAUUUUGUUGUUGUGUGUCAGUGUAUUUUUUAAAAACCAUGUGUCUUUUCUGAAUUACUGUCAAGUGUCAAACAAGAUUUGUAUACCCAAGCACACACUUUAUUGUGGGGUCUUCAUUGAGAACUUCUUAAAGUUUGAUAUUCAUGAUCUGUCUUUAAUGGUGGUAUAGAGUAAUUAUCCAUGGCUGGAAAAUGUUUAUUUGUUGUAUUGCAAAUGGCACUACUUACUAGACACAUAUACACACAUAAAGUACCGUGUAGGUUGAAAAGUAACAUGCAUGAUGCAAAAUUGAUAUGACAUAUUUUGCCGUAGGCAUACACAACUCUUAAACUUUGCACUACCUGAGAGUUGGAAGACAAUUCUAUGGUAUUCAUAAGGUGAAAAUAUUAAAUAUAGAUAUAUCAUUGAGCCACCUAAUGUAAAGGAUGCUGCCAAAUAUUUUGGAAAAUUAAGACUAAGUGGGCAUUAACAUUUUUCUUAGUUAAUUCAUGGAAAAGUAUUUUAUGAAGGGCGUCUACCAUCCGUUAUAGCGCCUCAAAUGGCAACAUCGUUACAUAUUUUUCGCUCAUAUAUACUUCGGACUAUGUAUGUUGUAUCUAAAAAUGAAAGCGUAUGCAUAAAUCGGAUACAGCAGAACACACAUCAAUGUAUUUUGGAAAACAUUAAUUUGAACAUUUGUUGCCAAUUUGAAGAAUUUAAGGCUUUUUUUCUCAUUUAGUGAACCACAUUCCUUUCGGCAUCAUGGAUGGAGUCUUAAAUGUGUAGUAACCCUUGCUGCGUCACGUAAUGUAUGUCAUGUGAUUUGUAUUUUCUGAAAUGAAAAUUUGAAGUACUAAAGACAAAUAUAGUUUCAAUCUUUGUAUUCAUGGGUAUUCAAAAGUUGCUUUUUGAAGACUUAAAUGUCUGACCUAUUCGGAAUCCUCAAAAUUUAAUCUAAUGGAAAUUCAUUGAAAAGUGAAUUCUAAAGUAGCUUAAAGCUAAAUGACUACAUUCAGCUAUUUUAAUUGAAUUUUCAUUGUACUUUAUGUUAUAUGUGCUCCCUUUUUUUAAGAUAGGGGAAAUGAAUGAAUUUCAGCUAUGACAGAGAAACCUGUGUUUACAUAAUAGACAGGUAUCAGUGAUCAGCUAUUUACAAGCACAGUAAUCGUGCUGCAGAUCUUUAUACUCUCAUACUUGUGUCUAUUCUUACCGUCCAUUCUUAUUAUCAUAUUCUUAGCCAUGUCUUGUAAUUAGUAUUACACCAAAUUCACUAAUACCUUGAAAAAUGUUGUGCUUUUUACAAUUUUCUAGUUUAAUAGAGGUAUAAUUUUUGUAUAUCUGCACUUCUGUGUGAAGGCUUUGAUUUAUUAUACAACCUUGGACGUUAUAUUCGGGAAGAACUUUUGAUUAUAAUUAUUUAUAUAUUUCAGCAGUGUGUACUAAUCACCUGUAUGUUAACCUUGAUGUAAAUUGAAAUUGUAGGAUAGAAUGUAGAUAAAUUGUGUGUUUUCUUUCAAUCAGUCGAGAUUACUAUUAUGGUGGUUAUCGAUAAUGUUUAAAUUGAAAUUUAAAUUUAAAUACGCAUUUCAUGCCUGCAGAUUUGACCAAUCAGAGACCUAGAAUAUUCAUAUGCGGUAUAUAAAGUAAAAAAGAAUAUCCCGCUUCGAGUGCAACUAUGUAAGGUCGCUCUCAAAAUGAGGAGUGGUAUUUCAAAAGUAAAUAAAUUGAUAAUUUCAAGUUAAACUGCUAGCCAACAUCUGUUUAUUUCUCAUAAAUUGCUUGUCGCAUCGGCCUAUCGAAAACUUAGGGUAGGGUUACAUACCCAUGCACAUGUGAUGUUGGACUCUGAAAUGAUAAGUGUUUGGUAAAGAUUAGGUUACAUGUACAUGUGUGUUUGAUUCAAUAUGUGUCAUUUUUCGACUCUGGAUUAUAUUCCAUAUAUGAUUAUUUGCUGAAUAGUUGCACCUACCAGUGAAACAUACACCAUGAAAUAUACACUGUGAAACUUACACAGUGAAACAAACACUGUGAAACAUACACCAUCAUUCUCUCUCUAUCUGCGAUCAGUGUAACAGGAGUUUGAUAUUUACAUUGUGGCCUCUGUAAGCUUAUGCAAAUACAUAUCAAUCACAUGAGAUACAUUGAAACUCAAGUCUAUAUGCUCAGUCUGGCCUGAAUUUGAUUUGGACUGGAUUCAUGUUACGCCAAUGCAACUUGUACCACUUCAAAUCGUACAAAAUUCAUCAUAAUUCAACAUAUAUUCAAUUCAGUUUAUACAAUUAUAUUUUACUAACUCUCGUGUUUACAAUCAAUCUUUAUUAUACCAGUUCAACUUGUCGUAUAAUAACUUAUACUAAUUUCAGUGUGUUAUUUUAUUCAUAUUCUACAUCAUAACUCUUUCCUGAACAUUAUGUUGUUCCUAAAUUGAAUUCCUGAUUAAAUGUAUCACUCAAAUCCUUCCCCUAGACUGCCAUUAAUUUUUCCAAGCAUAAAAAAUAAACACAUUACAUACAUGUAAUACUACAGAAGCAAAUAGAUAUUGUGUACUGUAUAUCAACCCGAUUGCAAUUGGACAGAAGUAUUGCUUGGAUAUUGAUAAUUUCUUCAUUAUAGAAGCAUGUAGUUAUUGAAGUGAAUAUAAAUUGUGUAUGAAAAGACUACUUUCAUUUGUUCUCUCGUCUCUCUUGGUUAUGUUUACUUUAAAUCUUUUUCUUCUUUUUUUGGUGGUAUUAUUUCAUUUAAUUUGUCAGUUUUAUUACUUCUAAUCACUGAUUCGUUUUUGAGUGUCGAUUAUCUUUAAAUCAUACCUUGACUUUGUAAAAAGAAAUGAAAUCUUGAUGAAGACAAAAAUGUGUGCACCUUGAUUUUAUGAGCUCUUUGUAAAUGCUCAAACAUUCACUGCAAGUACUUGUAAAUGUAAAUCGAUUGAAAUGAUGUGUAUGAAUUACAGAUAGGAAUUCCCUCAGGGUUCCCGCGGUCAUGGAAAAACCUGGAAAGUCAUGAUGAGAACAAUUCUUCGGGAAAGUCAUGAGAAUUUAUGGAAAAUGGAGAGAAAUAAAAUAUAAAGUCAUUUAAACUCUCAGAAAUCAAUUGUGGGUGUGAGCUGUGUGUGGCUAUGGUAGCCUUCCAGUUUGAACUGACAAAGGGCGUGGCAUAUUCGCACACCCCUUGGACGUCGCAACCCCAUACCAAAAUGGUUCUUGUCUAGUCAAGGAAACAGGAAAAAAUAGGUCGUGGAAAGUCAUGGAAUUUGAUUGGAUUCUAAAAUUUCUAUGGAAACCCUGUCACUCCAAGUACUUACACAUAUAGUAAUGGAUACACUGCAAGUUAUUAUAUGUGUACAUUUAAGUGUCAUGUUUUAUAGUUUUAAGUACACACUAACGUGUUCAUUGUACUUGUAAUUCUAAUAAAAAUGAACAGAUGUUUUUCCAUGAUUGCGUGUUUCAGACUUGAGUUGAAAUCAAGUUCUAGGCUAAAUCAUUGCCCGGGCUUUUCAAGUUGGAAUAAACCCUCGCUUGGAUCGACCCAAUUCUUUCAUUGCGUAUCACCUCUGUACAACCGAGGCUUGUUCAGACAUGGCGCGGUAAACCAUGUUUUUUAACAUUUCUUUUACUUGUUAAUGAAUGGCAACCGCGAGCAACAGAGGAUUUGGGCGUAUUCACUAGGCUCUGUUUUUAUAAGAUACAGAAAUGGGAAGCGAACAAUUUUUUACGUCAUUAACAAAAAUUCUGUGGUUUUGCAGCAUCUUUAUCUGAACAAGCCUUCAAACAGCUUCUUUGUGUAUUAUUUGGUUACCGGUACUAAAGCUAUCAAUGCCUUGACGUACGUAAAUUUAUAAUGUUUUCUUAAAUAAUAAGUAAAUACUAUACAUCUUGAUCUUGCUAGCUGUUUGAACAAUAAAAGGAGUUACGCUUUGAAGAGGAAUGGAUUCAAUUUCUAAUACUAAGAGCUCGUAGUUUUCAUCAUAAUUAUUGAAAGAAAAAUAUUGUCGGUACUAAUUUGUAUUUAAAUUUGAGAGCCAUAUACAACACGAAGUAGAAGUGUACAAUGAAGUGAUCGAUUUGGCUAAGUACUCGAGAGUUUUAUUUGAGAAUUCAUGUAUGAUAUGUUUAUAACAGUGCCUCGGUUUUCAUGUAAUAAUGUGUAUGGAAAGCUAAAUGUUGGAUCUGAAACUGCAUUUAUACACAAUCGUAUUGAACCUGUUAUGAAUGGAGUGCAGUAAUGUCCCGAAACUAUUAUUGUAGUCUUUUUGUGCAUUACAUGUAUGUGUUAUGAUAUGAUAUAAAUCAGAUCAUUUGAAAUGGAAUUGUAUUCAUAAUAGCAAGCUUUCUCUUGAUUUGAAUGAUUUAUACUCAGAAUUGUUUGCAUUUGAAGAAAAAUAUGAUAUUUAUAGAGUCAAAGUAUACCCAGAGUUAUACAGUGUAUAUCUGUGCAUGAUACAUCUAAGUAUAAAAUGGGUGGUCAUACAAAUCUGAUGUUUUUUGUGCACUUUCAUUGACUUUCAUUGUUUCUUUUUCCUUUCAAAAAUAAUAACAAAAUAAAAAUAUCUACAAAUUAUCUACCAUAGUUUGUAGGUCGACCAAUGAAUUUGGACACAACAAAAAUGCCUUUUUCUGCUAUAAUUUAACAGCAGAUAAGAUAGAGUCGUGUAAACAGUUUUUGCGGAAAGAAUAGCAAAGUUAAUUCUGUACUCUGAGGUGCGUGCAUUUAUGUUAGAUAAGUUUAGCCCUGUGAGAACUUUUUAAUACGCAUUGUACACAGAUAAUUAUGCAGUGGUCGUAAUACAUGUAGAUGUAUACCGGUCAAUUACACUUACACACCAAUAUUAGGAUACAUGUAUGAAUACAUAGCGAGAACAACAUUUUAAUCCAGAGACGAAAAAGAGAUGUUACAAAACACCCUUUGAAAAAAUUUUGCCAAACUGCUUUAAUACCAGAUGACUAGUAAAUCAGAUACUAUAAUUUUUAAGGAACUCCAUGCGCAUUGAGUAGAAAAAUGCGUUCCAUGAAGUACCUGCAAUAGUUUGGACAACUUCAAAAGCCGAUUCUGCUUCUACAAUGGUAUACAGUGAAGCCUACUGCAUUUCUCACGAUCUGACCACCAUCAUAUUUUUGGGGAAUUGGCAUUAGAUAUGAAAAUUUAAACAUUGUCAUUGGCAUAUUCUUCUUCAUUGAGUUGUUAAUGUUCGAAAUGAUACUAAAAUCUAAAAUGCUUUUUAGUGAAGGCCUUGAAAUAGGGAUAAGUACCCUGUUUCCUCUAAGUUAUCUUUGUCGCGAUCUGUCACAUUCACAGUCGAUCGUAAUGAUUUCAGUCGCUUACUUAUAACAAUUAUUGUUACUUGUUAUUGAUAGCAAGUUUUAUGAAACAUGGCCCUAGCUGCAAUGUACAAAUGUGUUAUGAGUGACAUAAUUGGUCACAUUUUCAAUUCAAUUUUAGUAUACAUUUAAGUAUUCACAACCCAACCUGGGCCCCAUUUCACGAAACUUGUCAUAAGUGACAAAUGACAGUUUUUGUUAUAAGCUAGUGAAAUCCUUGCUUCUGAUUGGUCGUCAGCAGAUUUGUCACUGAUUUUUGUCAUUUGUCAUUGAAAAAAGGCUUUGUGAAACGAAUCCCAGGACCAUUUUCCUUACCGUCUGUCAAAUCUCAAUGCCAUUUAAGUGCUUUCCACAAAAUCGGCUUUUAUUUAUCAUACCACAUGGUUGCAGUGAAUUUCAGUUUAGUAUGCAACUUUUUCAGCCAUUCACUAUCUAAUUAACUCUAUGCUCUGAACUAUUUGCACUGUAUUGUAUUGAUCUUGUGUGUCAUCCACUCAUUCAUUAAGAUCCACUAUAAAUGUAUAAUUAUGAUUGAUAUAAAAAAAAA